AAGAAGCAUCAUUACCCUCUAACCUCAGCAUGGCGGCGUCCUGUCAAAAUACACGAGAAUCUCAUAAUAUAGCCUGAUCGAAAGCUAAGGACAAAUAGACCUAGUGUAAUAGCACCAAAUUUAUUUUAAUGUUGUUUUCACAAUAGCUGUGUUCUGCCGGCUAUCAUGCCUCUUUUACUAAGACCUCUUAGUAAUAUUUUAUUGUUUGCUGGACUAUUUCGUAAUGUUAAGAUAUGCAGAAUAAAGAGAAGAAGUCAGGGUUAUACAGAGGCGUGCACGUUAAUCAGACACAGAUGGAUAAAGAAUACGUCCUGUGUGAGAGAGUCCAGCUCUUCAGCUCAGAAGCAGAACAUAGAUCUGUCCCAGUUUCCUGUGGACAAGAUAAGAAACUUCAGCAUCAUCGCUCAUAUUGACCAUGGCAAAAGCACCCUCGCUGACAGACUGUUGGAGAUGACAGGUGCCAUUGCAAAGACGGAUCGCAAUAAGCAGGUGUUGGACAAGCUGCAGGUGGAGAGAGAAAGAGGAAUAACAGUAAAAGCUCAGACUGCCUCUCUGUUCUAUAAGCACGAGGGACAGACCUAUCUACUCAAUCUCAUCGACACACCGGGUCACGUUGACUUCAGCUAUGAGGUGUCACGCUCCAUAUCAGCUUGCCAAGGAGUUCUGCUCAUAGUAGAUGCAAAUGAGGGAAUACAGGCACAAACUGUGGCAAACUUCUACUUGGCAUUUGAAGCUCAGUUGACCAUCAUUCCAGUUAUAAAUAAAAUUGAUUUAAAAAAUGCAGAUCCUGACAGAGUGGAAAAGCAAAUUGAAACGAUGUUUGAUAUUCCCAGUGAGGAGUGUAUCAGGAUUUCUGCUAAAUUAGGUAUAAAUGUGGACAGAGUUCUUCAAGAGGUAGUGAAGAGAAUUCCCCCACCUACGGCUAAACUAGAGGAACCAUUUAAAGCCCUGGUGUUUGACUCUACAUUUGACCACUACAGAGGAGUAAUAGCGAAUAUCGCUUUGUUCAGUGGACAGGUCUGUAAGGGGGACAAAAUUGUCUCGGCCCACCUGGGAAAGACAUACGAGGUCAAUGAACUGGGGGUUCUGCGGCCAGAUGAACAUCCCACAGAAAGGCUCUACGCAGGACAGGUAGGAUAUGUGAUAGCUGGCAUGAAGGAAGUGAAAGACGCACAGAUUGGAGACACAUUUUAUCACCAGAAGCAGCCAGUGGAGCCACUGCCUGGCUUUAAACCUGCUAAGUCCAUGGUCUUUGCAGGUAUAUACCCUACGGAUCAGUCGGAGUAUCCGUCUCUGCGCAGCGCAGUAGAGAAACUCACUUUGAAUGACUCCAGCGUGAUGGUGCAGAGAGACAGCAGUAUGGCUUUGGGGGCUGGCUGGAGGCUGGGUUUUCUGGGUCUGUUGCACAUGGAGGUCUUUAACCAGCGUUUGGAGCAGGAGUAUAAUGCCUCUGUUAUAGUCACUGCUCCAACAGUGCCUUACAAAGCUGUCCUGUCCUCACCCAAACUCAUAAAGGAGUACGGACAGGAGGUAAUAACCAUUGUAAACCCAACCCAAUUCCCUGAGAAAUCCUGUGUGGUGGAAUACCAGGAGCCCAUGGUACUGGGAACCAUCAUCAGCCCAGAUGACUUUACUGGGAAGAUCAUGAGCCUCUGUCAGAGCCGCAGAGCUGUUCAGAAGAACAUGGUUUACAUCGAUGACCGCCGAGUGAUGAUGCAGUACUUGUUCCCUCUAAACGAAAUUGUGGUCGAUUUUUACGACGAGCUUAAAUCCAUGUCAUCAGGAUAUGCUAGCUUUGACUACGAGGAUGCUGGCUAUGAACCAGCUGAACUGAUUAAGAUUGAUUUCCUGCUCAAUGGGAAACCAGUGGAGGAACUCACCACUAUUGUUCACAAAGACCAGGCCUAUAACACAGGGAAAGCUAUGUGUGUGAAGCUAAAGGAAUCCAUUCCCAGACAGAUGUUUGAGAUUGCUGUACAGGCAGCCAUCGGGAGUAAAGUCAUCGCCAGGGAAACAAUCAAAGCAUACAGAAAGAAUGUCCUAGCAAAGUGUUAUGGUGGUGAUAUCACACGAAAAAUGAAGCUGUUGAAAAAACAAGCAGAAGGCAAGAAGAAAAUGAGACGCAUCGGAAAUAUUGACGUCCCUAAAGAUGCCUUCAUCAAUGUACUGAAAAGGAAGUAGAAACUACAAAAAAAUCUGGCAAAAAUGCUUCGUGCUGAGGACAUAAUCGAAGGCAGAAAUCCCGAUCCAAAUCAAAUCUGAGUUUGAGGCUCAUUUUUCAAGGAAGUCUUCUAUGCUGUCCUACACAUCGCACAAUACAGUGUACCCAUUGACUGGAAAAGAAAAACACAUAUGCUGUUUGGGCCUCUCCACAGACCACAUGUCCUCUGCAACACCCAGUGACGUGGGAACAACCAUGGCCUCGCCGUCUGGUAUUGGACUAUAUAUAUUUAUUUAAAUGUACUGAAAAAUAGUAAGACAGGACUUUUCAGACAAAAGAAUGCUUUAAUCAGCUGUGCACUAUAAACCUUUAUUAUUAAAAAAAAAGAAAUACUAAAAUUUGUAUAGUUUUUUGGUGAAUAAGUAAUUGCUGAUACAAUAAAAAUAACCCUGUUAUUUGUUUUCA